CAGAGGUCCAAUGUACGGAAUUAUUCGGCUUGUGCGCGUAGUGUAGAUAAGGGGCGGCGGUGGGUCUCGUGGCCGAGCUCCACCCCCGCAACGCUCUGCGCCCCGCCUUCCGAGCGGGCGGACACGCGUGCGCGCGCUCUCAACGGAGCGGACACCGGCGACGAGGAGACGCGCAAAUUGAGAGGAGGAGGAAGACCAGAAUGUGAGGCGCAACCGUGCCGGAUUGUCUUGUCUUCCGCGGGGAGGACGGACGCCUGUCCGCCCGUCAGCCGGCACCCCCCUCCCCUCAUACAAAGAAAAAGCCAGCAUGACUUCCACGUACAAUCUAGACUUCCUUCCUGACAUGAUGGUGGAGAGUCGCCUGCUCAUGCAUGCAGACCGAAUUAACGGCACGGCCGGGAAGAUGAACGGCGCGCUGGAGCAUUCCGACCAGCCCGACCCGGACGCCAUCAAGAUGUUCGUGGGCCAGAUCCCGCGCUCCUGGUCGGAGAAGGAGCUCAAGGAGCUCUUCGAGCCUUACGGCGCCGUCUACCAGAUUAAUAUCCUGAGGGACCGCAGCCAGAACCCGCCACAGAGCAAAGGCUGCUGUUUUGUGACGUUUUACACACGGAAAGCGGCCCUGGAAGCCCAGAACGCACUGCACAAUAUCAAGACCUUAACAGGGAUGCACCACCCCAUUCAGAUGAAGCCCGCGGACAGUGAGAAGUCUAACGCGGUGGAAGACAGGAAGCUGUUCAUCGGCAUGGUGUCCAAGAAGUGCAACGAGAACGACAUCCGGGUCAUGUUCUCGGCGUUCGGCCAGAUCGAGGAGUGUCGGAUCCUGCGGGGCCCCGACGGGCUGAGCAGAGGAUGUGCCUUUGUCACGUUUUCCACCCGAGCUAUGGCACAGAAUGCAAUCAAAGCCAUGCACCAGUCUCAGACGAUGGAGGGAUGCUCGUCCCCCAUCGUGGUGAAGUUCGCCGACACGCAGAAAGACAAAGAGCAGCGGCGUCUGCAGCAGCAGCUGGCCCAGCAAAUGCAGCAGCUCAACAGCGCCACCACCUGGGGGGGCCUGACGGGACUGGGCGGGCUCACGCCGCAGUAUUUAGCGCUGCUCCAACAGGCGACUUCCUCCGGCAACCUGGGCGCCUUCAGCGGGAUCCAGCAGAUGGCGGGUAUGAGCGCGCUACAGUUGCAGAACUUGGCCACUUUGGCGGCGGCGGCGGCGGCGGCGGCCCAAAACUCCGCCGGCCCGUCCACCGCCAACGCCCUGUCGUCCGGCGCCGCCUCCCUGGGAGCGCUGGCCAGCCCAGCAGCGGGCGCCCCCGCCGGUUCCAGCGCGGGCGCCAUGAGCUCGCUGACGUCGCUGGGCACGCUGCAGGGCCUGGCGGGCGCCACAGUGGGACUCGGCAACAUUAACGCGCUAGCAGGUAUGGCGGCGCUCAACGGCGGGCUGGGCGGCGCCGGGCUGGCCAACGGCGCGGCGGCGGCAGCGGCGGCGGCCGGCACGGUGGACGCGCUGACGCAGGCCUACUCAGGGAUUCAGCAGUACGCCGCCGCCGCCCUGCCCACGCUCUACGGCCAGUCGCUGCUCCAGCAGCAGGGCGCCGCCGGAAGCCAGAAGGAAGGUCCCGAGGGCGCCAACCUCUUCAUCUACCACCUGCCGCAGGAGUUCGGGGACCAGGACAUCCUGCAGAUGUUCAUGCCUUUCGGGAACGUCGUCUCCGCCAAAGUCUUCAUCGACAAACAGACCAACCUCAGCAAGUGCUUUGGCUUCGUGAGCUACGACAAUCCGGUGUCGGCGCAGGCGGCCAUCCAGGCCAUGAACGGCUUCCAGAUCGGCAUGAAGCGUCUCAAAGUGCAGCUCAAGCGCUCCAAGAACGACAGCAAACCUUACUGAUGUUAGCCUAGGCUAACCCCGAAGCCGUUUGCGCCGCUAGGGUAAGCCACCACAUCUGCGUUUCAGGCUAACGAGAUGUUUCCGGUCUACGAGCGGCGACCGAAACAAAAACAUUUGACGGAAAAGAAUGAUAUUUAAAAAAGCAGCUCUAUUUUUCUACCGCAUUUUUACCGACCGCCUCCGUAGAAGGGGGGGGGGGAGGGGGGGGGAUCUUUAUUCCUGGUUAUCGGACACGACUUGUAUUUAUUUCAUGUUUCCUGUGGUUUGUUGACAUUUUGUCUCGUGGGUUUUUGUCCCGUCGGCACCUUCUUUUUCUGCUGUCCUCGCAUCCAUCGGAGUUCACGUCCGAUGGAUAGACCGGCGUACGAUUCACGUUAACCUUCCGGGCGUCGUGUCGGCUCCUCCGGCAGGACCGUCAUCUUCGGGCUUGAUUUUCAAAUUGAGGCCAAUUGAAAUCCAUCCAAACGAGACCAUAUUUUAAUUCCAGGAAAAGCGGGCAAAACGUUGGCGAAAUCCAACACGGCGCCAGGGUUACGUGUUGUGCUCAUUUUUGUUGUCCUGUGUGUAACUUUGCUCUUCUUGUGUUUUCUUUCCUUCUUUUAGAACAUCAUCUCCAUGCCUAUCUAGCGUCUCUCGCUGGCGCCCCACCCCCCCCUCAAAACCCCUAAAAAGUCCUCAAAAACUGUAUUUUUGUCACCCCCCCUCGAUUGACGCCUACUGAACUUUUUCUUUGAAUCGUCACGUUUCGUUUUGUAUGCGUGGAAGUAUUGGAUGAGGUAAGAACUGCCAAUCAAUGUGAAAACCACAGGAAAGCUGCAUUCAUUCGUACUUAAAAAGGUCUUCUUUUAUUAGGGGGGGGGGGUCACUUUUUUGUCCGUUUCUUUUUGUUUUCGGGUGACUUUUGCAAAAACCUCCCGGCGGGAAUUGGGGGGCGGCCCGGCUUAAGACUACUUCCGCACAGUUUGGACUCAGAAGCUGUUGUGCAUCCAAACGUUUUUACAUUUUUCAGGCGUGUAAAGUUUUUGAUAAGGAGUUUCUCAUUAAAGUCUAUAUAUAGAACCACUUUUUCUAGAGUAGUUUCGAGGGGAACAAAAACAACAAGAGAACAACAACGAAGAAAAAAAAAAAAAUGCUACCUACUUGUGUGACCUUUUGCUGAACUGACUCCCAGACAGACAAUCCGUGGUUUCAAAUGCACAUGAUGAGAUGAAAUAUAUUUUCUACUCUUUCAAUGUAUAGAGGUACAACCACAAGAAACGCAAACGUCGGUGCUUCUCGUCAGUUUAGUCCUUCAUCACAAGUCCAAGACGCGCGAUAGAUGGUGUUUCAGUGCCGUUGACGGUGAUGGAUCCCGAUCCAUUUGAACUGGGAGGGGCGAUUUUUUAUUUAUUUUUUUCUUUCCCCGGCCGCCUGCCGUAAGCGGUCGCACGGUACGCCAAAGCCCAUUUUUAAAGCGAGUCCGGUUCAAUGGCGUCCGAUCCGUUCGAAACGGGAGGGUCGGUCCGUCGGACAUUCGGCCGACCCCGGCGCCCGGAACGACUCGGACGCCCGCCCGCUUUGGAGCUCAUUUCCGAGUGAUUUCAUUCAGCGCCGUCGGAUGUCCGUCACCGUCAAGGGCGCCAAAAGCGGUUUCCCUUCGGGUUCCUUUUGUUAAAGAGAAGACUUUUUUAAAAAAAAAAAAUGAAUGAAGAAAGAAAAAUGAGUUUACUUGAACAAUAGACGAAGCCUUUCUUCGUGUUUUCUUGUCGUUUCCGAGGAGCUUCACUGUCGUCCUCGAAUUAGCUCGAUUCAAAUCUAUAUCGGUGGAGAGAAAUAAUCUAUAUCUUGUCAGGGUUUGAUUUGUCUACGUGGUGGCGACCAAAUAUUUAGACGUGCGUUGCGUUGUGUUUUUGUCUUAUAACCGAAAUAUGAAAAGUGGAGUGCCAAAUUGGGAAGACGCCGCCGCUUCCUGCCGAGCACGCGCGUGCAUCCGUCCGUCGUCUUCUACUUCUUCUUUCCCGACAUGCGUAUUUUAUUCUGUGUAUUUUUUUAUGGCUCAUAUUUAAAAAAGAAAAAAAAAGCAGUUUGUUCACUUGUGGUCUUGUUGCCUGAGAAAUAUGUCACGUUUGCUUUUUUCUUUGCCUCUUUUUUUCUCUCUUUGUAAAAAUGUACAAAAAAAAGUGCCCAUGUGUCAUAUAUAUAUAAAUAUAAAUCUAUAUAUAUCUCUAGACAUGUGCACACGCACGCACUUGUGCAAGACCUCACUUUGUUGUUGUUAUUGUUGUUGUUCUUGUUAGUGUUGUUGUCGUGCGCCAGAGCCCCCCUCUGGCGUGAACGCUCCCCCGCGGGGAACCCACACGCACUUAGUAAACACACACGUUUCAGUGCCGUCGACGGCGAUAGGCAGACGUCCCGACCGUCGACGGCGAGCCUUAGCGCAGCGCCGGCGUCGUCGUCUUUUGUACACAAGCUCACCACUCGCCUUAAGCGCGGAGCCGUUUUGCGGUCCGAAGACUUCACGGAUGGAAAGCACUUUUAUCUACACGCCAAAUCAUCGCCAAAGUUUUUCUUGGUUUUAUGUUUCAGGUAAAAAUCUGAAGAUGGAUCUUAUUAUUUUGAGUGUUUAAACAUCAUUUAAAAAAAUGGCUUCUGAUAUUUGGAUGAUGAUCAACGUCAUGAUCAGAAAUAUCCGGCUUUUAGAAAUGGACAUUUUUGUUGACUGGCAUUCAUCAUCAUACAGAUAUCAUUUAGUUCACAUAAAAUGACACACAACUACUUGACUAAAAAUGAAUCCAAAUUAAUUUGAAUGUUUAGUUUUCCCAGUCAGAUGGACCCAUCAUUUAUUUGAAAACGAAAAUCAUUCUGAAUGGCUGAUGCACAACUUGAACUCGAAUUGUUUUCAACGUCAUCAAGAUUGGGUCGAAUGCACACGCUUAUUUAACGGUAUGAUUUGAAGAAGCGGCCGUGCGAUUGGCCGACAAACGGGAAGUAAAACCAGGCGUUCAAGCACAAGGGGUGGGGUGGGGGGUGGGGGGUCUUAUUGGGAGGUGGGUCGGGUUCACCGGAGGGUUCGGGGCUCUGGCGCUGCUUGUAACUUUGGAUCUUGUCACAUCUCUGUUUGCCUUCCUUAAUUCAAAACUUGGUUAAGAAUAUGUUAUUUAUCAAGAGAAAAGGAAAAGGAAAAAAAAUGGCGAGCUUGUGAUUUCUUUGCAUUUUGACUCGUGUCCGCUGUUUUGGAGCAUAUACGAAAUGUUUGUGUGUUUUUUGCCAAAUGACGCUUGUUCUCGUGUUCUUUCUUUGUUUUGUUUUUGAGUUAUCUCCAAAACUAAAAGAGUAAAAAAAAAAGUUCUGUAUCUUGGGUGUGAUUUUUCCAGCGAAGCCAAAAAGGGUUUGUCGGCAGACGAGCGCCAGCUCUUUCUACAACUGAUUGUACUUAUGCAUCGUUUUGUACCAGCGCCACUUUUUAUACUGGAGAUUAAACCACAAAAUUGGAGAGAAAGAAAAGCGCUGCCGUCUGUGUGGCCCCACACCGUCGACCUUUGACUUUUCAGCAUUUUUUUUCUUUGACAGCGCAGCCGUUCGCUCACCAAACCAGUGGAUUUUUGUGUGUAUUAGUUUCACCCAUAUUAAAAACAAGAGUGUGGUUGC